GCCACCUUUUGAAGUCCUGGCUGUGCUUCUGCUUUUAAGCAGGAGCUUCUCCUGGAGAAGCGAAGGAAGCCGGUGGUAAAGCUCUCGUUCGCAGAAGGUCGGGGUGGGGGGAAAAAGGUGAAGCCAAAGCUUGGCCCGCUUGGAUUUGUGGAUAUCAGUUUGCUGUCAGUUGCAUAGGAGCGGAAUGGCGGGAACCAAAGAAAAGUUGGCAACCCUGGGAAGGAAUUAAAACAUGGAACGGGGGGGAGUGGAAACGUUGCCCUUUGUUGUCUUUUAAUUUCGCUCCUUUGGGAAGAAGAGAAGGGGUUGAAUGGAAGCGUUUGCUAUGACCUUGGUUGGUGCCUGAAUCUGCUCCUGAGUGCCCUUCACGCUGGAGAGGGUUUUGGAAACCGUGAUAUUUGGCAGAGCAUUAAGCUAUGGCUGGGCAGAUAUCGGAAUCUGAUCAGAUCAAGCAGUUCAAGGAAUUUCUUGGAACGUACAACAAAUUAACAGAAACCUGCUUCCUAGAUUGUGUUAAAGAUUUCACUAGCCGAGAAGUCAAGCCAGAAGAGAUGACUUGUUCAGAACACUGUUUACAAAAGUAUUUGAAAAUGACUCAGAGGAUAUCUAUGAGAUUUCAGGAGUACCAUAUCCAACAGAAUGAAGCUCUGGCUGCCAAAGCAGGACUCCUUGGUCAGCCUCGCUAGAGGGCAGAGGACCGACCUUGACAAAGGAGUACCAACGUUGAUUGCGUUGCUCACAAAGGUACCCUGGUCUCUGCCCCUCCUGUGGCAACAUCCACUCAGAGCUCAGAGAAGGAGACUUUGGGAAACCAUCAGAAGUUUCAAGUUGCAGGUGACGGUGGCCAUAGAACUGGAGGAGCCUGUUCCAAGAUUGUAUUUGACUCUGCAAUGGAAUUAUGUGGAUGCCACUUGUUUCUUGAGACCUUUGGACUGGUUCUGCCAGUCACGACGUUAGAAAUGGGGAGGGAACACUGACUUUUUUUUUUGUUUCUUAUGCAGAAUCGUUUGUUUUAAAACACAAGGGGGUGGCUCAGAAAUUAUAUCCCAAAAUGUCCAAUGUGAGGUUCGAAAAUUAUAUCCAAAACCAAAAAUGUCCAAAGCAAGGUUUAUUUUUUAUCAAUCAAAGUGUAAUAAAUUUAAACCACUGUUUGUAUUAUAAAUUGUUUUAAAUGAAGGCUUCAGAGGCUUUUACAAGGUCCUUCCUUAAGGGUGGCCCCUAGAAUGAUGCUGUAUGCAUUCAUCAUCUCUAAUCCUGCUCAUUCAGACUUGUUUCCAGCUGCUAGCGAGGGAGAAAAAAAACGGUCAACUGAAGAGGUACAAAUGCACUAAAACGUUCAAAUGCAAAAUCUUGUAACAUUUAUGUGCCUCUCUAAGUACAGUCUUAACUUCACCGAUGAUACACUUUUUCACACUUUGUAUUUUCUUGUGCCCAUUGACCUUUCAGUGUAUGGAAAAACUCCACUCCCACCUCCAAUUAAUUUCAUAGGCUAGAAUCCUUGACAUCUGUUACUUGAUGCAAUACUCCGUUAAUUGAUGGAGAUUGGGGGAUUUUGUGCAAACAUAAGCCAUGUGCCUCACAAGGCAUGCAUGUGUGUGGGGGGGGGGGCUCAUGCAAAGAUAGACCAAAGAUUGCAGGAGUGCCAUGAGCACAAUGUUAUGUUUUGACCACAACGAACAGGAUUUUGGCCAUGAGUUCAGCAUGCACUACAUGCUUUAAUAGUAAUGUGGACUUGAUUAAUAGUUUCAGAGCAUCUGAAACUGGCGAGUCACUUCAGUCAAAUGACUGUGAAACUUCUGAGAUCCUUGAAGAGGGAGAGCAUGUCAAGCACCAUUUGAGAGUAAGUGAUUAAUAUAAAUCUCUUAAAUGUAGGGCCUUCCCUUAAUCUCUUAGUCAGUGUUGGUUCUGGUAGGUACAGUACUUCUGUUCUUCUGUAUAGGGGUGCCAAAGCAGUCUUUUAACAUUUUUGGUACAGUACUGUUGAAAGAGAAGGAUACAUCGUUCAGAUGUUGCUAACCAGUGACAAGGGGAUUUUUUUUCCAACUUCUUCGCAGAAGAAGAAGAAAAAAAGUAACUGUUGGGUCCAUUGUGUGGAGGAGAUGGAGAAAUACUGAUGGGCCAUUGAGAGAAUGCAAAACUGCUGAACACUUAUUUUGCUUCCGUCUUCUCCAAAAAGGAAAUCAGGGAGAAUACAGGAGGAAAUGAUGGGGCUUCUGCCAAGGAUGGGCAAAGAGUUGGUAUAGGUACAUCUAGCUAAUUUGAAUUAGUUCAAGGCUUCUGGCCCUUGGAGGCUCGAAGGGUGUCUAAAAGGAACUUGGAGGUUGAAUCUCAGAGCCUCUGCUUAUGAUCUGAGGAUUCUUGGGAGUGAGGUCUGUGAACAUGGGAGGUGAGAAAAUAUCUCCAUCUUUAAAAAGA